AUGGUUAAUUUUGGUCCAGAGCCUGCUGGAGGCGUUAUUACUGGCGCAGCAGCGAUCCUUAUUUCUAGCGUCAGAGCUCCCCAGUGGGCGACUUCGAUGUUGCCCACUCAGCAAAUCGAGGAAGGUGACAAGUACUGCAUGGCUGCGCAAGAUCUUAUGUGCCAGUAUCUGGACAAGUUCAGCAGCGAUACAAUGACGUCUAUCAAGCAGCAGAUGCGCACUAUGAAGGAUGCGAAGACGGAUGCCACUACCAGUACUGGAUGGUCACUCGGCCAAAACAAAGCUAGCAUCUAUCGUAAAAAAGCCAAAGCUCUCCAUUCCCUGGUCCGGAAUGCCACCGACUAUCUACUACUCAAGGAACUUCAAUCGUCCGAAAGGAACAACAUGAGCUACACACCCGACAUUUCUCUCGGGCUGGUAGACAAGGAUCCUGCCCAUGCGAAGGAUGAAGACACCGAAGCGUCCGGACCACGUUCUUUGGUUUCAGAGUCCGACUGA